CGCAUUCUCCUCGUUGACGAUAACACGAUCAAUCUUCGUCUUCUCCAAGUCGGCAUGAAAAAGCGCGGUUACACCGCCAUCUCCAGCGCCUCAGACGGCCUCCAAGCUGUAAACACGUACCGUACGCUUCUCGAAUCGUCACCACCCGCACCGCCCGACAUCAUACUUAUGGACCUCUCGAUGCCUGUUAUGAACGGCUUCGAAGCAACAAGGCGGAUCCGAGACAUCGAAGCGGAGCACAACAGCACACUGCCGCUUUCAGGAUCGCCGCAUCACUCUUUGAUUAUCGCGCUGACGGGCUUGGCUAGUGUAAGAGAUCAGAAGGAGGCUUAUACGGCUGGCGUUGACUCGUAUAUCAUGAAGCCAGUCAGGUUCGCGAAGUUGACGGAGCUUCUGGAAGAUUGGACAGCGGACGGG